UGAAACACAAAACAACUUUAUCGUGUGAAUUUUCACAAAAUAAAGUGUGCUCGUUGGAAAAUUGCAAUUUUCACUGUGAAAACUCGCAGUUUUCUGUGCAAAAUCCAUUGCAAAUUGUAGACAAGUGCCCAAAGAACGCGCAGAAGAGCAAAAAUGGGAGAUCAGUACGGAAACUACGGUAAUUUCACUCCUGGACAGUUUUCUGUUCCACCACCGGGCUAUGGGUCAGGUGGUGGUGGUUCUGCACCACCCAGCUCAGGGGGCAAUUGGGGUGGACCGCAGCAAAACUACGGUGGUGGAAAUCAAGGAAACCACUACGGCGGAUCAGGGGGUGAUGAUGAUUACUAUGAGAAUGAAGGUAAUUUUUCAGGCGGAAAGAAUGGCGGGGGCGGAGGUGGUGGCUAUCAGAAUCGUGGCCGUGGAGGAGAUUAUGGAGGAAAUCUUCCUUGGAAUGGAGGUUGGGGAGAAUGGAUGAAUCCAUCAUGGAGGGAUUGGAUGGCUCCACAACCACCCAAAAUACCCAAAAUGUCAUCAAGAAUAAAUCAAGAAUCAACCCUAAAAUCCGACUCGGAAAUUUUCAAGGCAAAUGAAGAUUUAAAAUUUGCCACGUGGAAUGUAAGUGAUCUCAGUAGAGAAGGAUCUCACGGGGAAUGCCUCAGAGAAUUGCAAUCCCACUACGUGGACAUUGCAGCCCUGCAGAAUAUUAAGUUCGAAGGUAGCGGAGUACGUAGGCGGAGAAAGGCAGAUCUCUUUCACAGUGGUAAUGCGCGAAAGGAAUUAGGGGCAGGUUUUCUCGUUGGUUACCUCCUUGUGGACAAAGUUACGGACUUUAUUCCACUCACAGAGCGAAUUUGUUACAUUCGUUUGGACAGAGAAGAGUACAGUAUGUCAAUGAUUUCCGUAAUUGCUCCCACUGAAGAUGCCACUGAGGGAGAUAAGAAGAAAUUCUAUGAGCAUCUCUCGAGAUUCUUUGACAUUCUUCCCAAGGAGGAUUUCAAGCUUAUCUUGGGGGAUUUUGAUGCUAAAGUGGGGAAAGAAGAUGGAGAGCAUCAGUCCGUUGUUGGGAAGCAUAGUUUGCACGAUGAAUGCAAUGAAAAUGGGCAACUUCUUGUGAAUUUUGCCAAAAGUCAUAAUCUCAUCAUUAGCAGUACCUUCUUCCCACACAAAAAUGUCCACAAGAUCACCUGCAAACCCACUGAUAUGCACACAGGUGGUCAAACAGAUCACGUGCUCGUUUCGCAUGAACACAGCAAAACAAUUCUCGAUGUGAGAGCAUGGAGGGGAACAGAUUUUGCAUCAGAUCAUUUCCCCGUAACACUUCUCAUUAGGGAAAAGGUCUUUUUGGACAAGAUGGACAAUGAAAGAAGGCAGCGCAAGGAGAAAUUGGGUGUUAGAUUAACAUCAAAACCCUGGGUUGAUGAUGAAUGCGCCGCACAAUUCAUUGCAAAGGAUAAUUUCAUUAAAAAUCAUCGGAAAACUAAAUGUGAAUGGGACGAGGAGAAGUACAGGGAGAUUCGGACUAAAACACAAAAGCUAAUAAGGCGGAAGAAAAGGGUGCUUCAGAAGGAGGAAUUUGAAUUUGAGAUGUUGAAGCAGGGGACUUUGGCGUCGAUCGCCGCCGAGGUGGCGGUGGCGGCGGAGGCAGCGGUGGCGGUGGAAAUUUCGGGAGGUGGUGGUGACAAUCGUGGUGAUUCCAACAUGAUCACCCAGGAGGAUACAAUCUUUGUAUCGGGAAUGGAUACAUCUGUGACUGAGCAGGAGAUUAUGAAUCACUUUGGAGCCAUUGGGGUCAUUAAGAAGGACAAAAAGACAAUGAAGCCGAAGAUUUGGGUGUACAAGGAUAAGCAAACGGGUGAAUCCAAGGGUGAAGCCACUGUGACGUAUGACGAUGCAAAUGCAGCUAAAUCAGCAAUUUCCUGGUUCGAUGGAGGCGAUUUCAAUGGGUCAACAAUUAAGGUUUCCCUCGCACAGAGGCCAGGGAAUAAUUGGCAAGCUCGUGGAGGUGGCCGCGGCGGUGGUCGUGGUGGUUUUGGCGGAGGACGUGGAGGUCAUGGCGGUGGUGGCGGCGGCGGUGGCGGUCCCAGGGAGUUUGGCAGCCGUGGUGGUGGAAGUGAUCAAGAAUCACGCGGAGGACCCCCACGUGGUGGUGGCGGAAGUGGCGGUGGCAGUGGUGGUGGCAACAACAUGCUGCAAGAUCGCGAGGGCGAUUGGAUUUGCAGUGGAUGCAGCAAUAAGAACUUUGCGUGGCGCAAUGCAUGCAAUCGGUGCAAGGCACCGAAGGAUGAUGGUGGAAAUGGUGGGCCAGGUGGGGAUGGAGGCUUUCGUGGGAAUCGUGGACCCCCUGGAGGAGAUCGUGGUGAUCGUGGCUUCGGUGGGGGCAACAUGGGUGGAGGAUUCGGUGGCCGAGGCCGUGGAUCAAUGCGUGGCGGUGAUCGCGGCGGUAGAGACAGACCGAGACCAUACUAAAGUGUGUAGAGAAGAAGAAGCAGCACGCAUUUAGAUAUUUAUGGACAUUCACUACACAACAACAACAACAAAAAUUGAAGAAAAUAAUUUUAAGGAGUUUUUAUUUUAAUGCUACUAAAGAUUUAAUUGCCAUGUAGAGGAGAGAAAGAGAGUAGUGAAAUGGUAAUUUUAAAAUACAAAAAAAAAGAAAGAAUUAAUUAGCAUAUAAGUACCUAAUUACUAUGUAUUUUUUUUUAAAUCUCCUUUUGUUGCGUUUUAGAUUUUAGUUCAAAAAAAAAAGAAAAAUUGCAAAAAAUUCUGUCACAUCAAAUAAAGAAAAAUAAAAAAUAAAGAGUUCUAAUUCUAUGCGAAA